CUUUCAAUUACCACCAUCAUCACCGGACUUUGUUUUAUCAAUGCUGCGCUACGUUUAUAUUCCUAGGCCGUUCUUUAUUUUCUUUUCGAAGUUCGAAUACCACCAGAACAAUUGAUCCAUCCGUUCGUUCGCAUAUGCACUAGGCGAUCAGCAGUACGAACGUUUUUCGUUGAGUUCGCCAUCCGUGUCCCUUCCGAGCUUCUCUAUCUCUCGGACCCGUCUUCCGGUGUAUAAACGUCGUAUGGCAAUGAUAUUGGUUCACCCAUGAACCAUGAUAUUCUCGUUCAUUGUUUUCACCGUGUCUCUCGUCUGCGUUUCGGUCGCGUUCAACCCGCUACACCAUUCUGGACCCGCGUCGCCGUAUUUUGACGCGCCAUCGCAGUUUGGCAUCUCAAAGGAAACGCCUGAUGGAUGUGUCGUUGACCAGGCCGCAUAUAUCCUUCGGCACGGCUCUCGGUAUCCAGAACCUGGCUCUUACACAGGCUGGCAGAACCUCUACAACAAGUUCCAGAACCAUACUUAUUCUGCGCGUGGACCCCUCAAAUUCAUCUCGUCUUGGGUGCCACCGAUUGACGACGUAGACCAUCAGCCUUUGUAUUUGUCGAGUACCGGCGCCGGUGAAGCGUUCGCCCUUGGCGUGGAUCUGCGAAAACGAUACAACUUUACGCCAGGCGGGGAGAAUUUCACUGCUUGGUCUGCUGGUCAACAACGAUGUGUAGAUACAACUACCUAUUUCUUGCGAGGAUAUCUGUCUCAAGGAAACUACAUAAACGACACAAACUCCAAUCGAGGACACAUUGUUACCCUUCCGGACUCUCUGAACGAUACAUAUGCUGACUCGUUGACCACGUCUGCAUCAUGUCCUGCGUAUGCUGAGGCAAACAAUGGGUCUGUCAUCAGUAGCGCAUAUAGGGCUCUGUAUCAGGGCGCCAUGGCAGACAGAUUGAAUCAGUUCCUGGAAGGAGACUUGGUCCUAGACGACACUGAUGUUGGGGUAAUGGGUGACCUCUGUGGCUUUCUCUAUGAAGUUAGCGGUGAUCGUAGAUUUUGCGAUGUAUUUGAGGAAUCGGAAUGGCUGGACUACGAAUACGCUCACGACUUGAAUUAUUAUUAUGGGUCCGGGCCAGGGAAUGCGUUAUCGGCUACUGUUGGUUAUUCUUGGGUGAAGGCUAUUUCUGACCUGUUCGAAGUCGGCCCCAACAACACAGUAGAAGGUGGCACUGUGAUCCCGCCUCCACUCAUUAUGGGUUUCACGCACGAUAACAACCUUGCUCCCAUCAUAUCCGCCUUGGGCCUGUGGAAUACGUCGGACUCUGGCAUUUACCCUCUAUCCAAGACUCAACGGCGACCAGACCGGACGUUCCGCUCUUCAUAUCUUGUUGCGUUCCGCGGAUAUGUUGCUCUUGAAAGAUUGAUAUGCUCGGCUUGGAACAGCAGUGACAGCGUGUACCAUGUCGCCAACCAGACGGCGGCUACGUCGGUAGGUGAUGGGAGUAUGUAUGUGCGAGUGAGAGUGAAUAGUGCACCUGUUCCGAUUCCUGGAUGCGCUUAUGGUCCCGGAUCGACGUGUCCUUUGAAUCAUUUCGUGUCCUAUGUGAAUGAGGAUAUGAAAGCCGUAGCAGGUAACUUUGGCGAAAGGUGUGGGCUGAAGGAAUCUGUCGAUACUUUACAAUUCUUAACACAGGAUAGCGAAAGCUAUGGUCAUCAGAUCGUGUCGAUAUAGCAGCGUAUAUACAAAACAGCGCAACAGUAGUUCAGCGAGGACAAUGAGAGUGUGUCAUGACUGUUGCCGUACAAAGUGCGCUGCUGGGCCGUGAUUUAUUUUCAUGCUUCCAAUAUUUGC